GAGACCGGUGUGUACAUGAGUAGCCCAUUCUGGAUGAGAGAACAAGCAACACUAGUACUAGCAACGAGCAGUUAUUUCUCCCGCUUUGUUGGGAGCCAUUUUGGAAUUCUGAAUUUGUAAUGACUAGGGAUAAUUUUUUUUAGUAGUUGAUAGCUGACUCAUUUACUCUUGUACCUACUGCAACGUGCCCACACUUUGAGGGAUACUGUUUAUAUUGGGAAGUUUGAGGCAGAACAGUGCACCUACGCCCACUGGCUGCUCUACACCGUGACUCACGAGUCUGUAUGCGGCAUGAAGUCAGCUAAUUUUCGCUGCAGCUCUCCUGAUCUUAUUCUGUGGAUUUACAAGUUGUAUUUACAAAAGUCUCAUUACUGAGAAAAAUUGGAGGCUGGACAGGCAUGGACCAUUCAAAAGUGAACUCGUGUGCCCCACCCCCAGGGAACACUGGCUAUACCUACUCUCACAGCUCCAGCUACUCUACAACAGCCCUGGACUUUGAGAAGGAGCACAGGAUCACACCAGUCUUAGAGUCUCCCAGGAUGUCUCGGCGGAGCCUGCGUCUGCACUCCACCACUGGUCUCUAUGGCGACGACAGCUUGGACUCUUCUCUCAACCACAUGUACCACAGCGCCUCCUUCAGUGCAGGAGGAGCCAGUCGCAGAGAUUCCAAGGCGUUGAAGAGUAGGAGGUCUCAGCAGCACUCUGUCUCCUGCUCCCAGUCUCUGCUCCUCACCACGCCCCUUAAGAGCCAGCAUGGCUCCCAGCAGCACAACAGCAGCCUGCACAGCGUGGCCGCCAGCGACGCCUCCCUGCUCUCCUCCAUGCUGGACAAGUCGUGUAUCCAGGAGCGCACGCUGGUCGAAGGCUUCUGGGGCUUGGAUGAAGACUCUGAACUCAAAGAGCGGACCAUGACAGACAGUAUGUGUGAGGCCAACGGAGGCAUUAACUCUGCACAGACCCAGACCUCCAUGGUCAACGGAAGCUUCUGUAAGGACCGCACGAUCCACCUGGACAGAAAUGACGCGCUCACUGCCUAUUCCAAGCACUCCUCAACUGCAGCCCGCUCUGCCACCAACAAGCAGGCCCUGACAGCCCCCGCCGCCUCACCUUCCUCCACCAUCUACGCCAGGGACAAAAGCCGCAAGCACAGGACGGGUGAGCGAGGCAGCCACAGAAGUACUAUAACGUGUGUGCUGGUGUCCUUCUCGGACACCUGUGUGCGCGUGAGCAGGAGGGCAGCAGCCUCUGUGGCGUCCGUCUUCUCACUGCUCUUACAGAGUGUGCUGCUGAGGUCACGUAAAGAGGGCACAGGUGUCCUGUGGUCAGCUUUAGACACCUGUCUGAACCAUAGCAGGAGGGCAGCUGCCUUCACUGUGUGUUUAGUGACUCUGCUCAUACAGGCUGCUGUGCUGAAGACGGGCAGUGUGGGCAGAAAAGUGGUUAAUGGAGCUCACUCCAGCUACUGCGGAAGCAUGAAUGUAAAUGAGUUGGGGACUGAGGGGAAACACAUGAAUCUGAAUGGUGCUCUUUGUGACGACUGCAAAGGGAAGCAGCGCGUGGAGACGCGCAUUGUCCAAUCCUCGUCACGGGUCUGCCGGUCACACCAUGUGUUGGGGGAACUGUGGCUUGCCACUGCUUACUCAGGUUACCUAUUAAGCGAUCAAACUCUGGCCUAUCCUCAUACACUUGAAAUGAAUGAAUCCAGUUCAACCUUUUUAGUCCCUUGUUUUUUGUUACUUGGUUGGUCCCCAGGCUCCAGUGUGUUGUGGGCGGGGCAGAAGGCAGGCUCAGCUGUGCGGGCCGUGAUGAGGAGGAUGCUGUCUGUUAUCUGGUUGGCAGCCGUGUCCCCAGGGAAGUCGGCGACCGGGGCUUUCUGGUGGCUGGGGACCGGAUGGUAUCAUCUGGCCACCGUCAUGUCGCUCCUCAACAUCUUCGUCUUGACACGGUGCCUUCCCAAGCUCCUCAAACUCCUGCUGAUUCUGCUCCCAUUCCUCCUUGUCCUCCUUGCUCUGUGGCACUGGGGUCCGUCCAGCCUGCUGUCUGUGUUGCCUGCCAUUAACAUCACUGAGUGGAGGACGGCCUACUCCUUCAGUCAGACCCCUCUGGAACCAACCAAAGACAGCCAGCCCAUCAUGGCUCAACAGCCACCAGCUGUCUCACAGCCAGGCAGUGUGCUGGUGUCUGUGGACUCUGAGCGCCUAGCCCGGUUGGAGCAGAGGCUGGCCCAACUGUGGGAGAAGGUGGAGCGAGGGGGCCGAAGGCAGGAAAACCAGCACAGGGAGGUGCUGAGUCUCUACCAGGCUGUACGAGAGCAGCUGGACACCCAGACGGACAAGGACAGCAUGGGGCUGUGGGUGUCUGGCCUGCUGGAGGAGCGACUCCUUCUGCUGAAGAGUGGGAUGGAGAAGGAUGCAGCACUGCGGAGUGAACUGAGUCAGGAGAUUGGAGAGCAGUAUGUGGUGCAGCAGCAGGGCCAAGAGUCUCGUCUGGCUCAGCUAGAGGUGCUGCUGCAGACACUGACUGCCAAGACAGAGGAGGUGCAGAGGAGGCAAGCAGACACUUCCAGUGCUACACCUGCACUGCCACCAGUUCCUGUGCAAGUCAAUGUGGGUGUGGACAGCGAGUCCCGUGAUGCCUUGCUGGCGGAGGUGCAACUUCUAGAGGCGACGCUGGGGGGCAUUAGGCAGGACCUGCAGGGGGUGAUGGGAUGCCAGGGCAUGUGUGACCGCCUGGACACACUCCAUGAAACGGUGUCUGAGCAAGUGUCAGCCCAGGUGAGGACAGAACUGCGGGCCCUGUUCUCUCGCAGCGAGCAGGUCGGAGAUUCCCAAACCAGAGAAAAGGAGCUGCCAGAGUCCCUGCUGCAGUGGCUCUCUGAGCGCUAUGUAAGCGGGGUUGAUGUGCACGCCUCUCUGACCUCCCUGGAGCUCAGCAUCCUGCAGAACGUGACCCUGCAGCUGGAGAAGAGCAGGGCCAGGCAGGAGACGCACAGCACUGAGACUGUCACUCAGACGGUGAUGCACACUGUUGGAGCCGCAGGGGCCGGGAUGUCUGAGGAGCAUGUACAGAUGAUAGUGAAGAAUGCUCUGAAACUCUACUCCCAGGAUCGGACCGGCCUGGUAGACUAUGCUCUGGAGUCUGGCGGCGGAAGCAUCCUGAGCACUCGCUGCUCUGAGACGUACGAGACAAAGACAGCACUGAUGAGUCUGUUUGGCCUCCCGCUCUGGUACUUCUCCCAGUCUCCUCGUGUGGCCAUACAGCCUGACGUCCAUCCAGGGAACUGCUGGGCGUUUCAGGGUUCUCAUGGUUACCUGGUGAUUCGUCUCUCCAUGAGGAUCGUGCCCUCUGCCUUCUCAUUGGAGCACAUCCCCAAAUCCCUUUCGCCAACAGGCACCAUCAGCAGCGCCCCGCGCCAGUUUACCGUCUAUGGUCUGGAUGAUGAGUACCAGGAGGAGGGUAAGUUACUGGGCAGCUACACCUACCAGGAUGAUGAAGAUGCGCUUCAGACUUAUCCUGUCACCGAGGAGAAUGAUAAAGCCUAUCAGAUCAUUGAGGUUCGAGUGCUGUCCAACUGGGGUCACCCGGAGUACACCUGCCUGUACCGCAUCAGAGUGCACGGUCAGCCCAGUGUCAACUGAUGGCACAGAUCAGACCACCCUGUCUACAUUUUAAUGUUCUGCAGAUGACUGGAGCCAAUUAUGCGCACACGUAAAUAUGCUUGAUCCACAAACUUUAUCUGUGCACUAACUCAUCCCACCAGGACAGAGGCUCUAACAGAGUGACCACAGGUCUGAAUCGGAAGCAUGGCCACUGGUGCCUGACUUUCGAAGGACUAUCACCCAACCACUAAUAAUUUAUUACAUUUGUAAAACGGCUUUCAUUUGACAGAAUAAUCUCAAAGUAACAUUGGGCUCCUAAAUAGGGGAGGAAAAUAUGGAUGUGAUUCUGCUUUACUACGUCAGACAAGAUUUUAUUGGUUAAGGAAUGUUUCAAGUACAUUUACUCAGUCUAUUUAUACAUGCGCUAUAUGUGUUGACAACUGAAUUCAUGUGUGUUGAGCCCUUGUCGCUCAUGGUGAAACCAGGGCCCAUAUCCACAAAGCAUAUCAGAGUAGAAGUACUGAUCUAAGAUCAGUUUGUCCUUUUGGAUCAUAAUGAAUAAGAUCAUAUGGACAGAUCCUAGAUCAACUCCUCAAAUGCUUUGUGGAUAUGGGCCCAGGUUCUACCAUGUUCUUACGAACAACGGAAGAAUGUAAACUUGUACAUUUUGUCAAUAGUUUGUCAUUUUUAAGUCUACUAAUAUCAGUGUUGCUUUGAAAUAUGUAUAUGCUGCAAUUAUAAAAUGUUAUUAAUUUGUUAGCAUUUUUUAAAGGGAAUUUACCGCUCAAGUAAUUUAAGGAUAUCUUGCACUGGUCCUUUCAGCCACAGAAGUCAGGCUUUAGCCCUUUAUUGAGUAUCUUCAAGUGCCCAGUUGUAAAUCUCAUUGUUUGUCCCGAGUUACUGAAAUGCCAAUCUGUGUAAUAUAUUUUUGUAAAGGCUUUUUGGACUAUUUGUAAAUGGUCUUGGGACUAUACAGGUUUAUUGUGUUUUAUAAUUUUAUUUUUGUCUUUUGUACAUAAUUGUAAUGUGUAAAAUGUUCAAAUAAAAACCUUGAUUUUGA